AUACAUUUUUGAUUUCACAAAUCAAAACCUUAACCCUUGUGUUAUUUGCCGCUGUCCCAUAUACGAGGAGCGCCGCUGGAGUAUCUUGCUGUUGUCCAUGUACGAGGAGCGCCGACGAUUUCCUCUUCCUCUUCCUCUUCGGCUUUCGGUCUGAUACUCUGUUUCAAGUCAUUCAACUCAGCAGCGCCGGCGAUUUCCUCUUCAUCUUCGGUCUGAUACUCUGAUACCAGAUUGGGAAGGACUGAAAGUUUCAGUUUUUAUUGCCUAGCUUUUGAGAGAUGGCGGCAAUUCAUCCUAGUCAAUGUCAUUCAAUGUCUUCAACCUGUCCCUUCUUAGGCCUCAAGGUCAACUCAAGGGCUCAACAAGUUUCUCUUGUGCGGAAAACUAUUGGGGUAGUGAAAUGUGUUGCAACACUCGAGCAAACUGCUUACAAGACGAACGUCUCUCGCAAUGAAAACUUGGGUAAACUUCAAGCUGGUUAUCUCUUUCCUGAAAUUGCUAGAAGAAGAGCUGCACACUUGUUGAAGCACCCUGAUGCCCAGAUUAUAAGCCUUGGAAUUGGUGACACUACUGAGCCCAUUCCUGAUGUGAUAGCAUCUGCUAUGGCAAAGAGAGCCCAUGCAUUGUCAACUCUUGAGGGAUAUAGUGGCUAUGGAGCUGAACAAGGAGAAAAAUCAGUACGAUCUGCAAUAGCUUCAACUUUUUACUCAAAUCUUGACAUUGAGGAUGAUGAUAUUUUUGUGUCAGAUGGUGCUAAAAGUGACAUAUCACGACUUCAGGUUCUCUUUGGAUCUGAUGUGACAAUGGCUGUGCAAGACCCAUCAUACCCGGCAUAUGUGGACUCUAGUGUUAUAUUAGGUCAAACUGGACAGUACCAGAAGGAUGUUCAGAAGUAUGAGAAUAUUGUGUACAUGAAAUGUACACCAGGAAAUGGCUUUUUCCCGGACCUUUCAUCUGUUCCAAGGGCAGAUAUCAUAUUUUUCUGUUCACCUAAUAACCCAACUGGUUCAACUGCAUCAAGGGACCAGCUUACUAAAUUGGUGCAAUUUGCUAAGAAAAAUGGGUCAAUCAUAGUCUAUGAUUCUGCAUAUGCAAUGUAUAUAUCAGAUGAAAGUCCAAAAUCCAUCUUUGAAAUCCCUGGAGCCAAAGAGGUUGCAAUUGAGGUUUCUUCGUUUUCCAAAUACGCUGGUUUCACUGGUGUUCGAUUAGGUUGGACAGUCAUUCCAAAAUCUCUAUUAUAUUCUGAUGGAUUCCCGGUGGCUAAGGAUUUCAAUCGCAUUGUCUGUACAUGCUUCAACGGUGCAUCCAAUAUUGCACAAUCUGGCGGCCUAGCAUGCCUUUCACCUGAAGGCUUUGAGGCCAUGUUGGAAACUGUUAGCUAUUACAAAGAAAACACGAGCAUCAUAAUGGAGACGUUUCGUUCGUUAGACUUUAAAGUGUACGGAGGGAAGAAUGCGCCGUACGUGUGGGUCCACUUCCCGGGUCGGAGCUCGUGGGAGGUGUUUGCCGAGAUUCUUGAGAAGACUCAUGUGGUGACCACUCCCGGGAGUGGGUUCGGGCCCGCUGGAGAAGGUUUUGUUAGGGUCAGUGCCUUUGGACACAGAGAGAAUGUGAUUGAAGCCUGCCGGAGAUUCAAGAGUCUGUUCAAGUGAAAUGAACUGUGUUUUGUACAAAUAGCCCUUUCCUCCCCAUUUAAAAAAUUUGGUUUUACCAUCUUCCGUAGAGAUAAUGUCCGCAUGCACACACCCUCUCUAGACCCUAUUUCCGACUUUCUGUGGGAUUCUACCCGAUUUAUUUGUCGUUCUCGUUUUUUCAUUGAUUAGGUUUGACAAAGUUGUAUCUCGUCACUAUAUCGGUAUUAGCUUUUGAUUAAAAUUCAAAUUACACGCAUCGAGAACAUUG